CUGACAGCAGACAGCACUACACUACAGUUGUCUUUUUUUAUUUUCCCAUGGAACUUUGGGAGUUGUUGUUUUCAAUGAAGGAAAAUUGAUUUCCUUCAUCAAAUUUAUUUUUCUUACUUGUUAUUUUUCGUCCUGUAGGUGUUCUGUGUGUACAUACGUAUCAAUACAUAUAUAUCAAAAAAGAAAUAUAUAUACUUUAUAUCGGGAAAAAUAAGAAAAUUUUUCUAAAUCAAUAGCAAUAGAAUAAUUUUGUAUUUUCCGCCGCACAGUGAAGACUCUGUUGUAAACUACUUAAGUUUAAAAUUGAACAAACAAGAAGAAUGAAACGAAAAUAAUCAUAAAUACAAAAUGUAGUGUCCUUUUUUUAUUGUUCUUUUGCUUGUGUCGCGAAAAAUUCUUGAAAUUGAAUUUAAAAUGAAACUCAAAAAGUCUACCUAUACCUUGUAUCAUCCAUAAUAAAAAUAAAGUAAAAGAAUAAAAUGCAAAUUUAUAUCUUCAUGAAAAAGAACCAACAAAAUAAAUAACCCUGCCCGUGUUACGUAAAAAAAAGAAUAAGAAUUAAAUUAAUUCAACUAUCGUCUGAAAUUAAAAACCGAAAAUAUUUAAUCAAAAAAAAGAAAAAAAUUGUAUUCAUGUUAUUGUAACUUUCUUGAUGGCGAAGGCGAUCCCCUUUUUCCAGGUGGAAAAUCGAUUUGGUUAAAAAGUUCUUUUUUUUUCUUCUUGUAUCAUAUUCAUUUACGCGUGUUUAUUAUCGGUUUUGUUUUCUCACAAUUAGUUUUAUCUGUAAUUCACUUUUUGCUUUUUGUUCAUUUUAAUUGUGAGACAAAUGAAAAGGAAAUCUAAAAGUUUUUCCCAGUCCCCGUCCUCAUUGUCGUCGUCGUUGUCGUUGUCGUGGUCGUAGUCGUUGUCGCUGUCAGCGUCGUCGAUCUAGGGCUAGAAUCAGAGCCAGAGCGUUGCGAUUAUUAUUCAUUAUAAUUAUUCAUUUUUUCAAAGAGUGAAUUCAACAAAACAAACGAACAUGGACAACAACACCACAACAAAUGUUAACAAUGGUCUCGAUGUUAUCCAAGGAAUGAUUGAUAUAUCAGCUGAUCGAUUGGAAGGUCUUCGAACGCAAUGUGCAACAAGUGCUACGCUCACACAACAAGAAAUUCGCAUACUAGAAACUAAACUAGUACGAAUGUUCUCCGAAUUGUUAAUAACAAAAUCCCGUCUACCCGAACGAAUACCAUCAAGUGGUUUGGCUGCUUCUAGUUCAGAGCUUAAACAAUGGCUGCGUGUUGUUGGAUUAAGUGGCGAAUCAUUAAAUGUUUGUGUACAAAGAAUCAAUACAUUGGAAGAUCUACUUCAACGAUCGGAUGAUGAACUUCGUGAGAUUCUUGUAUACAAUCCAAAUUUUCGAGAUGAAGAAAUACGUCGGUUGAUAAAUGCAAUGGAAUGCCUUCGACGGUGUCGUGCAGCAUUAAGUGAUAAUUUAAAAGAACCUGAGAAUCUGUUUUGGGAUUCGUGGGAUAGACAUCACCAUCAUCAUCAUCAUCACCAUCAUCGUGGAAGUACAGGGAAUAUUGGAGUGAUGGCAUCACCAAGAACAUAUCGAACAAUGAACAAACAGAAAGCUGUGCAGUCUCCAGUGAAUAAUAACUAUGACAUACAAUCACCGCCGUCGACAAUGAAUCGACACAAUGCGGAUGAAACAUCAAGUGCACAUGGAUCAGUUAUAACACUAACACCCUCACCAUCGCCUCCAAAUUCGCCGAGUCAACAUACGAGUGGAAGUACCGGAGCUGGUAAUGGGACACCUGGACGAAGUGGACAAAGGAAAUCAACACCACCGCCAAAGAAAAAACAUCAAACAUUGCUGACUUAUCAUCAUCCCUCAACACCCUCACACAAUGGAAUAGGAACAAAUUCAAUGACUGCAUCGACAAGUUCCUCAUCGAGUCAAGAUCCCUUGGCUAUACCCAUAGCUAAAUCAAAAUCACACGAAUCGCAAUUUCAAGAAGGCGCCACUGGUGGUUUGGUUACUCCAGGCAGCAGCGGCACGAAUGGAAAUAGUGGCACAGGUACCAGUUCGAAUUCAAAUAACUCUUCAACUAUGCCUCAGGCUAUUCCCAGAACACGACUGCACACUGACCCCAGCCCCGAGUCACAUUCCUCCUCAAUGAGCUCUGAUAUAUUCAUGGAGAAUACAAAUAACCUCACUGUUCCCCGAUCGCCAUGUACUCCCAUUGUAUCACUGGGAAUGGGUCACAUGAUUGCUCAUCGCUUUACAAAAUUCUUCAAGGUGAUAUCAACAUGCGACUUAUGCCAGAAACAGAUGUUCUUUGGCUUAAAAUGCAAGGAAUGCAAAUAUCGCUGUCACAAGGACUGUGAACCGAACGUACCACCAUCAUGUGGUUUACCCCGCGAGUUCGUUGACGAAUUUAAGAAAACAUUAAAAUCGAACGAGGGCUUCUUUCCGCCAUCAAAUAUUUCCCCCAAUCUUAGUGGCCGCAGCGGUACUACUGUAAGCGGAUAUUUGUCAGGUCGAAGGCAAAAAGUUUCAAUCAGUGCUAGUGGACAUCAUCAUCCGGAUAGCAGUUCACCAGGCUCCAGCUGUAAUAGUUCCUCGCCUUCCAGUCCAGCUCUUUUUAACCAUCAACAACAACACAUUAGUGGAACAAAUAGUGGCGGUGGAAGCUCAACUGCCAGUGGAAGCACUAGCACUGGGGCGAAUCCUAAUUCAACGCCCUCAUCGCUACAUAAGAACACUAGCCAAUUCAAUUUUCCCGAUGUAACUAUCACCAAUCACCAGACAAAUCAGACUUUAUAUUUACCCACAUCAAACGUGGGAGGACAAUCUAACGCUGCAACUGCAAAUAAUAACACUGAGCACUUGGAUAAUAAAUCUUCACAUCAUAAUUCCCAGUCGAGUAUUGCAAAUAGCAAUAAUGCAAGUUCAAUGAGCUCGAUUCUCAUAACAAGUGGACACUUUUCUGAGAGCAGAAUACACAGCGAAACUUCAAGUGGACGCACUGCAUCCACCACCGGAUCAGUACUCAGUCAAAUCAAUCCAGAACUAGCCGAUACCCACAAAAGUAAUGACAGUGAUAAAACGGUAUCGCUAUCGGGCAGUACCAGCGCCAGUACUGAUUCAGACAGAACUCCAGUUAGACUGGAUUCUACGGAAGAAGGUGAUUCAGGCAAUUGGCCACGUCAGAACUCACUCUCACUAAAGGAGUGGGACAUUCCCUACGAUGACCUGCGUCUUUUGGAGAAAAUCGGCAAGGGCCGCUUUGGAACCGUACAUCGGGCUCUCUGGCACGGAGAUGUAGCAGUUAAACUCCUCAAAGAGGACUACCUAGAUGAUGAGCAUAUGCUGGAAGCCUUCAAAUUAGAAGUGGCAAAUUUUAAAAAGACUCGUCACGAAAAUUUAGUGCUAUUCAUGGGUGCUUGCAUGAAUCCGCCAUACCUCGCAAUUGUGACCUCGCUGUGCAAGGGCAACACCCUCUACACCUACAUCCACCUGCGACGUGAUAAAUUUACCAUCAAUCGCACCACACUAGUCGCCCAACAAAUAUCCCAAGGCAUGGGAUAUCUUCAUGCCCGCGGUAUAUUCCACAAAGAUCUACGAACAAAGAACAUAUUCCUAGAGAAUGGAAAAGUCAUCAUAACCGACUUUGGUUUGUUUAGCUCGACAAAGCUUGUGUAUUGUGAUAUUGGCCUGGGCGUGCCCAGCGGUUGGCUGUGUUACCUUGCUCCAGAACUAAUGCGUGCAUUAACUCCAUACAAACCAACCGAUGAGAUUUUACCAUUUUCAAAAGCAUCCGACGUCUAUUCGUUUGGUACGGUUUGGUAUGAAUUGCUGUGUGGAGAAUUUCCUUUUAAAAUGCAACCACCACAAUCUAUAAUUUGGCAAGUUGGAAGGGGAAUGAAGCAGACAUUGGCAAAUCUACAAACAUCUCGUGAUGUUAAAGACAUUUUGAUGCUGUGUUGGUCUUUUCAAGCUGACGAUAGACCAGAUUUUCCAAAACUAUUAACUCUUUUGGAAAGACUGCCCAAGAAACGUUUGGCUCGAAGUCCUUCACAUCCAGUACAAUUAUCUAGAUCAGCAGAAUCAGUAUUUUGAGGGGAAAUAGAACGACUACAUCAGCAGAAAUAGCAGAAACAGUAACAUCAGUAUUCAUCGAUACUACAACAAGAAAUUAAACAAGUAUUGUAGUUUAUUUUUUUCUUUGUCUUUUUUUUCGUCUAAAAAAUAAUUCAUUUAUGUUAUAACAACUAUGUAUUUGUAUAUAUAAAUAUAUAUAUAUAAAAAAGCAAUGUCUAAGUUUUUAACAACACAAUAUUUGAAAAAUUCAAACUCGAGUAUUACAAAAUUAUUACGAUAUCAAUAUAAGAUAAAAAGAAUAUGUUUAUCGAGUAUAAAAGAACAGACUUUAAAGAGAAAGAAAAAUAAUAUUGAACGACUAAUUUUUUUGUAUUAUUCAUUUCGAUUCGAUAAAAAUACAUUACAUAAAAAACGUAACUAUUUAUUAUUGACUUGUCUAAAUUUUGAACAAAAAAAAAACAAAAAAUAUUUUACUUUAAAUAAUUAAAUUAAAUAAAUAAACUGUGAGACAAAAAAAAAACAUAUUAUUAAAAAAUGUAAGGAUAUAGUGUGUAGGUCGCACUUUAACUUACUACUACUACUAUAAUUACUACUACGACUACCCAUAUCAAUGGUGUAUUAAAUUAUAUAUAUUAAAUAAAUAAAUUUCAAAAAAUACUAUUAAAAUUAUAAAAUACCAAGUCUUUAAUAUUUUCCACGUUGGAAAAAUUCAAUUGCCGACAAUUUUUU